AUGAUAUUAUUCAUUUUUUAUUUUAUCUCUGCCAAUGCUUCAAUCACAUAUGAUUAAGGAUAUUAUAACGGCUUCUCACUCCCUAUAUCGUCAACUUUUAUUUGCAAAGACAAUUUUCAAUAAACAGCCACAGUGACAUUUAACCAACCUUUUAAUAAUAUUCCUUAAGUUUUUUUAGGUCUCGAGUUUUUAGAUUUCGAUAAAGGCAUAGAGUAUAAACUUUCAAUCACAACCAUUACAACAACGCAUUUCGAAGUAUUAAUAGAAUGCAUUACAUCUAUUCAAGUAUUUUCUGUUGAAUUCUCAUGGUAUGCAAUAGAUGACAAAAGAAUUUAAGUUAUUAAUAACUUCAAUAUGGUUCCUCCUGGUGUGAAUGUAUUUAAUCACAUUAAUCCAAAUAUUAACUUUGGGAUAGUUUCCAUAACAAGUCUUGGAAUUGAUGGAGAUAUUGACUUUUAGCUUGCUGUUUCCUCCGUUAAUCAAUCUACUGUGUCAGUCAGCAUUACGUAAGUAGCUGGAAACAUUAAUAACUUAAAGCAAAUUGGAUAUUAAGUAAUUUUAGGAAUUCCAGAAGCAUUUUUGGGUUCGAAAAAUAAUCCGCUUACUACUGCAUUUAAUAGUGGAACCUUGACAUAAUAAUCAAAUCGAUGGUUAUUUUUAAGUUUUACAGGGUUUAAGAUGAGCAGCGCUCUAAAAUAAAAGGUCACUAGAAAUCCGUCACCCCUAUCAUAUUUUGUCACCUCUAUCGAUGUGGGAUUCGUUAGUUGUAAUCAUCAAAUUUCUUGGUUAGCUUAUCAAUUUACAACUUUUUACAAACCUUUUGAAUGUUAGAGUGUAAGGUUGUCUUAAUCAAAUGAUGAUUAGGCUUCGACAAAACCUUCAAUAUAAAUUUAUAUUUCAGAAUUAAAUCUUACUUUAGAUUAACCAUAAAAUAAACUAAUUUUCCCCUAAAUCACUUAAUUAAAUUUAUAAGUGUAUGUAAAAUGUUAAGUUCAAAAAAAAAUUCUUAGUUAAUUUCUAAGAUGUUAUGAGUGUAAUACUAAUAAAUAACAUAAAUUAUGGAAUUAUUGUAAUUAAUAGAUUGAUGUAGUCACUUAUUUUCUAAAAUACUAAACUACUUAAUAAGUCUUUAAAGAAUUAUCAAUAAAUAUUACCUCAGAUAGUAUUACUAUAAUCUAAGUACUUUAUAAUCAAGCUGAAAUAUAAUAGGUGAUAUUAGAAAUUUUAAUACAAGAUAUGUGA